AUGACCCAGUUUCUCAUACAUUGGCUGGUUUCCGUUGUAUUCUUUUACUUGCUCUGUUCAUGUGUUUCAAGUGUUUGUGAUGCACUCUAUAGGGAUCAAGUUGUUGGGUGGCCGCCUCGUGGGAGCUACCGGAAGAACACACUAGCCGCCAAUGCUACAAAGACCAAGGUGGAGAACAAAGAUGAUUGCGUACACUAUGAUCAGAUCUGUUUGGCAGAUUUGAGUACCCUGAGCUCAUCUCAUUUGAAGAAAGCAGCAUUUUUCAGUUUCAGAUUCAUGUCGGCAUACAAAGCUAAUAGUACCACACCAAGCAAUCAUGAAAACAAAUAUUCUUGCAAAACAUCAACAAGAGACAGGCUCACAAAUGGUUCUAGGAUAAAUGCUCUUAGGGACCAGGAGUAUGUCCUGACCUAUGAAGAUAAGGAUGCUGAUUGGAGCUCUUUGGCGAUCUUCCUUGGCAGUGAAACUGCCGGCAAUUGUAGUUCCUACCAUAGGACACAGUCUGCCCGGGGAAAAUAA